CGGGGUGACAGCUGAGCUGAGCGCGAUUCCAAGUGUACACAGAUACCAAAAUAGGAGAGCGGCCCCGGCUCCCACAGCAGCUAACGGGAGUCCCAUCUGGCAGCCGGAGACCCAGGGAGCGGAAUCCGAAAGGCCGAAAGACUCAGACUGCACGUAGACAUGCGCUCCUUUCUGGCCGUAUUGCGCUCCUGAUCGACGCGCCGGCGGCUCUUCAGCGCUCUGCGCUACGCGGAACAGAUGACUGACAUUUUUCAUCACCAUCAUCACAGGGUCAAGUGGAAAAUGGGUAAUGAAAUCCAGCACCUUGUCAGCUGAGCGUCUGUAAUUAUACUGCAAGACCACUAUGUCUGGAGUAAACAUCUUGGGAAGCAAUUAAGUCAACUUACCACGUUUCUUUUGGUCGGGAAGUCAUUUGCCAUCCUGUACUUCUACAAUGUCAGUCAAAGGACAAGAAAGCUACAUAUACGAUUUCUGUGAUGUGAACCACCCAGCAGAGCUUCUCAAUGCCCUCAGAGAGUUCUAUGCCAGCAGCCUCUUCACAGACAUCACCCUGCAAUGUGCCACCGGUCAGGUAUUUCACUGCCACAAGGCUGCCUUGUCUGCCCGCAGCUCUUAUUUUAAGGUGAUGUUCACUGCUGACAUGAGAGAACGUUCCAACAGCAUCAUCAAGCUGACUGGGAUUGAGUGUGAUGUCCUUACCGCUCUCGUGGACUACGUUUACACCUCCCAGGUGAGUAUUACACAGGCAAAUGUGCAAAGCCUGCUGGAGGCAGCCGAUUUGCUGCAGUUCAGUGCUGUCAAGCGUGCUUGUGAAGACUUUUUGGUCCGCCUCUUGGAUGUGGACAACUGUCUGGGCAUGCAUGCCUUUGCAGAACUCCACCUCUGUCCAGCACUGGAGAGGGAGGCACGUAGAGUGAUGCUCAGCAGGUUUGAGGAGCUCACCUGGCAAGAUGAGUUCCUGGAGGUUGAUGUGGAGAAGCUGAGCUCCAUCAUCUCCACAGAGAAUCUCAAUGUGUGGAAGGAUGAGGUGCUCCUAGAGGCUGUAGUGCGGUGGGUGGCCCAUGAUGCAUCAGCCCGCAUAGACUGUGUCCAGGAUCUUCUCCGCUGUAUCCAGCUGGAUCUGGAUGAGGUCUACUUUAAGACUGUACUGGAUCUGCAGAGGUCGCAUGUACUGGAUAGCGAAAGCAAGAUCCACUCCCUCAUUGUGCAUUCUCUGAAGUCCAUGUGCAAAGAGUUGCCUGCGAGUUGCAAGAAGCUGACAUCGAGCAUGUACAUCAUUGGAGGGUACUAUUGGCACCCACUGUCUGAAAUCCAUGUGUGGGACCCGGUGACUGACACGUGGAUGAAUGGAAAGGACAUGCCUGACCACAUGAGGGAGAGCUACAGCGUGACAGUACUGGGGCCCAAUAUUUACGUGACUGGGGGCUACAGAACAGACACGAUUGAAGCCCUCGACACCAUGUGGAUUUACAACAGUGACUGCGAUGAAUGGGAAGAGGGGUGCCCCAUGAUUGAUGCCAGAUACUACCACUGCUCUGUGGCACUACAUGGUUGCAUCUACGCCAUAGGGGGCUACAGAGGUGGGGCCCCGGCACGGGAAACUGAGUUCUAUGACCCUCUGAAAAGAAAGUGGUUUGCUGUGGCCAAGAUGGUCCAAGGUGUGGGAAAUGCCACCGCUUGUGUGCUGCAUGACACAAUCUAUGUGACGGGAGGUCAUUAUGGAUACCGAGGGAGCUGCACUUAUGAAAAGAUCCAGACCUACAGGACUGACCUCAACGAGUGGAGCAUAGUUACAAUAAGCCCUCAUCCAGAAUAUGGCCUGUGUUCGGUGUCCCUAAACAACAUGCUGUAUCUGGUGGGGGGCCAGACCACCAUCACAGACUGCUACGACCCAGAGAAGGACGAGUGGAGACAGAUGUCCGUCAUGAAGGAGAGACGCAUGGAGUGUGGUGCUGUGGUGAUGAAUGGCUGCAUUUAUGUGACGGGGGGAUACUCGUACUCCAAGGGGACUUACUUGCAGAGCAUUGAAAAGUAUGACCCUGAGCUGGAUACCUGGGAGAUUGUGGGCAGCCUUCCCAGUGCCACACGUUCCCAUGGUUGUGUCUGCGUUUACAGUGUUUAGCACAUAGGUGUAGAAUGAGGGGCAAUCGGGGGAUAUUUCAUCCCCAGAGUCAUAAUAAUGUAAUUCCACUCCACUAUUUUUAAAUCUGGUAAGUGCUUUAUGAUAUGUUUCUUCCCACUUUUAAUAUAAGACCUAAUGUUUUCUGUAAAGCACACAUGUGAAAGGGUUGUCAUACCAAAGGUCCGGUCAAACAAAACCAGCUAAAGCUCAAUGAGGCAAGGGAAUCAGGGAGUUUCUCCUCCCGAUGACUAAACACAUGCAUACAACAGCAUGUUGAAGAUGCUCCUUAUGCAUGCAUCCAAGGGAUUUUUUAAUGUGCUUUUCCCACACAUAGCAGAAAUAUUUGCCUACAACCUGUAGGGAAUCAGUGUUGAAUUAACAAAGUUGAACUUUCCUAAUCCUUGGGGCAUACAUCCAUCCAUUUUCGGAAACUACUUACAUUACAUUACAUUUAUUUAGCAGACACUUUUCUC